AUGGAGGAAAGUGAGCAGGACAGCGUCAUCGAGGAUGAUUCCGCAGACACCGAAAGACAAGAAACACGGCACCCAUGGCCUUACCUGAAAGAACUUUUCGUUGUUGUUGGCUAUAAGAAUGAUUCGUGGCGGAUGCAGUGCAACCUGUGCUUGCCCAAAAAACACGAACUUUUGGCAUUCAAGAAUUCACCGUCCAAUCUGAAGAAGCACAUUCAGACUAAACUACAACACCUUCGACUCUCCUCCAAGUGCUGUGUGCCGCUCAUAGAUGCUCUUCAAUCUGGACUUCAGAAGCGCUUUGGUGAGAUGCUCAAGGAUCCUGAGCUCAUUGCAGCUUCCAUUCUGGUGCCCAAAUUCAGAAGAUGCUGGACCACAGAUGAGGGCCUUCUACAACUCGGCCUUGACUACAUCAAAAGCCAUCUCAAAGAGCUACCUGUGACUGUCAGUGACUCCACGCCUUCUUCAGAGGAAGAUGACUUUUUUUCACCUAUCAAGCAAGGGAACUUGCAAGAAAACACCAAACAGCUUGAGUCAUACCUGGCCUGUCCCAAUGACACCAUGGAAAUCUUGAAGUCAUUUCCUGCAGUCCUGAACCUUUCACUACAACUGAACACUCCACUACCUGCUUCUGCUGCCUGUGAAAGGCUCUUCAGCACAGCAGGACUCAUUUUCCGACCCAAAAGGGCACGCAUCCAUUCACAAAACCUUGAAAACAUGCUUCUGUUGAAGCUAAAUCAAAAAUGUUGGUAG